AUGACUGCCUAUGUGUGUCCCCUGUUGAAGCAAUUGCAGGAGGCCAAACGUUUAUCCGCUAAGCAUAAGUGGAAAAGACCCAUGUUCAUGGAUAACAUGUUGAAGAAGAUGGAGAGAGAGCUUAUGUUCAUAAAUGACAUCUUCCGUAGGUUGGAGAGAUGGGAGAAUGAUGUCAAGGAAGCACUCAGUGUUCUAGCGAGGUUCCUGGAUGAUAUGUUGGAUGAUGGUUGCUAUGAAACCAGAGGACUUGAAUUCCAGCUUCAAAGCAUCGACUGCAAGAUCUCAGACUUGAAAGAGCAUGUGACUCCUCCUCUCCGUCUACCACCGUUGGCAACUGAUGAAUCAAUACCAUCCUCCUUGUCAAAAACAGAUGCUUUGCAGGAAUUUGCAUUCGUUGGUAGAAAUCCAGGACUUCCUCUUCAUGUUUCUUAUGUGUGGCAGAAGUAUGAGAAGAUGAGGCCUCAACUUAGAGAAUGCUUGCUUACUCUGGUUAUCUUCCCCAAAGUUUCAGUCAUAAAGAAGAGUUUGAUGAGCUACUGGUGGAUUGGUGAAGGGAUUGUGAAGGAUGACAAGAGUGGAGAAUUGUGCUUUCAAGAGCUUAUCAAUGAAGGUCUCAUCACACCCAUAUAUAAAGCUCACAACUUGGUGGCAGACCGCUGCAUGAUGCCACUCUGGGUACGAGAUGAGCUAAGUUUCAUUGCUAUGAUGGUGGAUGCCUUCAGCUAUGGAAGCCCAGGUUUGCCAUCAUCACUUCUAGCUUCAUCUUCUCGUGCAGUGCUUGUGCAAGGAUCAGAAGAACCAGAACAAUCAAUAGCUGUGAGUCCUAGGUUCAAUCCGAACAAAUUUCAAACAUGUUUCAAUGCCAACCAACGGAACUUGGUAUUCGGAAAGGAGUUCAUUUUGAUGAGGAAUGCUGCUGUUCUGCAGCUUGGGAGGUGGCAGAGCUCUGCUCUCGAGCAUCACAUUGAAGUGAAGAACACCAAAUUCUUGGAGUGGUUGGAGUUCUUCAAGAAUUUGAGGUAUCUCAGUCUCCGAGGUAUUUCAAGAAUGACAGAGCUUCCAGGUUCAAUUGGCGAGCUUGCCAACUUGAAGAUCCUGGACCUUCAGGGAUGCCAAAGAUUGGAGAAAUUACCAGUGGGGAUCACCAAGCUCAAGAGCCUGACGCACUUGGAUUUGUCCGAGUGUUGCUUGCUGGAACACAUGCCAAAGGGGCUUGGCUCACUCCCAGAACUGCAAGUGCUGAAAGGCUUCGUCAUUAACAAAGAUCAAGUUUGCCAGCUCCAAGAACUGGCCAAGCUGGAGAAGCUGAGGAAACUGGAUAUCAACAUUAAAAGAGAAGCCAUGAUUGGAGCAGGGGAGCUCGAUGAACUCUGUAAGUUGACAACUCUACGUUCAUUAAAAUUAACAUGGGAACAGGAUACACCAUUGCCACCAAAGGUGGCAUCCGUAAUGAAUACAGAGCUCGUAUCUCCGCCUCCAAAUCUAGAGAAGUUAGAACUCUGUUGCUUUCCAUUGGUCAGGCCACCGAGUUGGUUGGAUCCCUGCAAGUUAAUGAAGCUGAAGAGACUGUAUAUCUGGGGAGGGAGGCUGCACAAUCUUUGUCUGGGAUCUCAAAAGAAAGAAGCUUAUCAUGUUGAGGUGCUGCGCUUGAAGUUCCUGCAAGAGUGGGACUUGGAAGAGUCUGAACUAUUGAUAGAGUUCCCAUAUUUAACCUUUCUGGAGAUCACCGAGUGCAACAAACUCACAAAUACUUCUCGGUGCUUACACACCAAUAGUGAAACAGAGGAUGGUUCUCUGCUUCCACUGUGA